CUCCCGGCCACAGGGGGCGACAUCUUCUGUUCAUUAUCUACGACCGGAAACUCUGACGUGUCAAAUUGUCUCCAUUUUCCCGAUGAAGGAAACGCCUUGAAGAGGAAAGGAAACAUACAGACAGUUCAUUUUCUUAGCCAAUUAGAUUCCCAUCACCAGCCAUCAUGGGGAAUAUGUUUGCAAACCUCUUUAAAAUGUUUGGCAAGAAGGAGAUGAGGAUCCUCAUGGUGGGUCUUGAUGCUGCUGGAAAGACAACCAUUUUGUACAAGCUCAAGCUAGGAGAGAUCGUAACCACAAUUCCUACAAUAGGUUUUAAUGUAGAGACAGUAGAGUACAAGAACAUAAGUUUCACAGUGUGGGAUGUUGGUGGCCAAGACAAAAUUCGACCACUUUGGCGGCACUACUUCCAGAACACCCAGGGUCUCAUCUUUGUUGUGGACAGCAAUGAUAGAGAGCGUUGUACAGAGGCUCGUGAAGAGCUCUUGAGAAUGUUGGCAGAGGAUGAGCUGCGUGACGCUGUGCUAUUAGUGUUCGCAAACAAACAAGAUCUUCCAAAUGCGAUGAAUGCAGCAGAACUCACAGAUAAGAUGAAUCUUCACUCCCUACGCAACAGACAAUGGUACAUUCAGGCAACCUGUGCCACAACUGGAGAUGGUCUCUAUGAAGGACUGGACUGGUUGUCUAAUCAGCUCAAGAAUCAUUAAUUACCACAGCUAUAUCUUACUUAGUUCUCUACUCCUAAGGUGUUGCAAAACUGAAUUACCCUGUCCAAAAAAGUACUGUAAACUGCCUUCACAUUAGCAAUUACCACAAGCAUACAGGAAUGUGGUGCAGUUCAUUGCUCCAUGUAAAACUUAUGUAACUGUUAAUAUAUUUGGUAAUGGGGCAGCUAUUGCACUUGAAUAAAUCCUACUGUGGUUAUUUUUUUCUCUUCCUGGCUGUCUGGCAGCCGUGUAUGUUGAAUAAGUAAAGGGAGGCAGGGAAUGAUAAUUUACCAGCAUGUGUUGGUCCCACUAUCUUCAUAAAAUCUGAGUCUGGUCGUUUGUACUGUAGUGUGUAAUCAUGGGGGUUUUAAUUAAAUAAACUGAAUUAUAGACAUAUUCACUACUUUGCUACAAUGGUUACUUGAACGUGAACACACAAUGGCCCCAAAUCAAUUUAGGAAAUACUGGCACUGAGAACUUGUAUUUGUGAACAUCGGCUUGCUUUAAUUGAGGGAAACUGUGAUGACUUCACAUCUACCUGCUAUAUGGCUGUCUGAAAGGCAGUCUGCAUUAGGUUUCUAGUAUUUGUAAGUCUCAGGCUGACUUUGUGCUGAAUUUGCAGUAGUCAACAAAUGGCUUUAUCGGUUGGUGUUGACAGGCAUGCAGACUUACUGGGUGUUUACAUCUUUAGGCUGCAUGGGAACAGCACUUGUUUCAACAGGCUUGUACUGUGUGAGGUAAUUGGAACUACAGAGUUACACACUACAACAUCAAUAUUUCCCUCAUCAAAGGCUCUGGACUUAUUGGUUAAAAACUAGGAAAAUGCAUUUUCAUAGCAAUACAAAAUCGGUUUCAACAAAAUUUUUAAAUCAAUUUUCAUUAUCUGGUCUUUUUGCAGCACAUUAUAGUUUGGGUAAAGAAAUAGUUGUACAAGGACGUUGUUGGAUAAAUGUUGCCUCUUAUUUUCAAGCAUCUUUUCUGAAAUGUGUGUGUGUAUUACUUUACUGCUCUGAGGAGCUCUUAUUUGUGCAUUUAACAUUUGAUUUGAUUGUCUUAAUGUCUGAAAAAUAAGUUAAUCUCUAAAGUUUGUCUGUUAUGUGAAGCUUUUUUGUGAUGAUUGAAAUUAAAUUGACUGGGGAAAAAGG